UAAAUAACAAUAAAUAUAAUUCUUCAAUAAAUUAAUGGAAAAACCACAUGUAAAUUGAUUUAAAUCAAUCACACGCCACUAGUAUUAAAUUUUAUAAUGAAGUUAAUAAGUACUCUUAAAUAAUGUACAUUGCAAUGAAAUGGCUUUCCACAAUGUCAGUGGGUAUGUGGCUGGUCCUGUGCUGCAUCAGCUACCACGGCACCCGUGUGACCACGACACUAGCACCAGUCGUCCAUCCAGAAAGCGAUUGCUACAAAAAUAAAAGUGUUGCAACAGAAGUCGCUGACGAGCGCAGGCCGGUGCUCCUGCGGCCCCACAAUGUACUGCAUUGUUUAAUGUUCUGUGCGGGUGCGGCGGUGGUUAUCGUUUUUAACAGUAAACAAGAUAUUAUAUCUUGUGCUAAAAGAAAAUUGAAAACAUCAAUAAAUACAAACAAAAUGAAAAAAAUCAAAAAUAAAAUUAAUGUCAAAAAUAUAUUGAUUAAUAUGAAUUCAAGGGUUUUAAAAUAUUUUAUUACUUUAUGGUGUAUCUCUCGAAAUUUUACGGAAAAGGUAAUUCAAAUUUAUAACACAAGAAAGGUGACUAGUAAUUAUGGUCCUGAUAGUUCAUUUCUGCAAAGAUUGGAAGAUAUGAAAGAGGAAAAGAAAAAAUUAUGCAGACUAUUGUUAGCCACUCUACAUGAAAAUAAAAACAUAAGGAUGAGAUGUAAUUUAGAAUAUAUGGCAAAAACAAGACUUCUUCGUCAUAUCGAAGACACAAAGAAAGCAUUAAAAGAGAAUCGCUGUCGGUACAUUAGUUUUCAGCAACUAUAUUUGAUAACACAGCAAGAAAACAUUUUUUUGAAAUCCCGAAUUAAGAAAGUCGUCAAGGAGAAAGAGACAGCUGAACGUAAUCUUCUUGCUGUAAUAACGCAAGUUUGUCAUUCAAAGAAUAAUGAAUUGAAGGCAUUCUGCAGUGAAUUCGUUGUACAAACGAGGAAAAAUAUGUUUAAUUCGGAUGUGAAGUCUGAAAUUAAAUCAUUUUUAGAGAAGUCAGGUGGUGUCAGUCAAGAAGAAACGAAUCUUUGCAAAACUAAAAUAGCCGAGGAUACUACAGUUAUAUUUAGAGAUGAGCCCGAGCUGCAUGGUCAUAUAGGAGAAUGUGUGUGGACAGUUAAAGACAAGGAUGGCUUGAUUGAGAAGCUCUAUGAGUACAAGCUGGCGAACGACGGUGAUACAGUACGGAGGAUUCGGGAAUACUCUGUGUACUUUGAUAAAGACUGUUUGUUGGAUUACACAAGUUCGAGAAGCCUCAUGAAGAGAACGGACAGCGCAGGGGACUCCAUCCCAGCCCGAGCUGCUCACCAGUCCUGCGGAGUAAAUGCGCACCACUCUCGAUAUCCAAUAACAAGUAAGAGGUUUCUAACUGGGUCGGAGGCUUUCCAAACAUUUAUGCAACACAACCAAUACUUUCUUCAACACCACGAACGGCCUUCCAUUUUAGGUUGAUGUUUAUGAUGUUUUCGUUAGAUUGUUUUGAUACUCUCACUCACUUAUAUAUUUUAUAGAGUUUUGGAAAUAUAAAUUUUAUUUACUAUUGU